AUGACUCAGCAACAAUGUUAUUUACUUUUUCCCUCAGGGGCCGAUGUUAUCAAUUUUGAUGGCCAUGUUGUAUUACCGUACAGAUUCAAGAAUAAGAAGAUGAAAACUCUGAAAGAUGUCAUUGCUUUGAAAUUUAAAACCUCUGAAAGCGAAGGGGUAAUCUUCCAUGGAGAAGGGCAGCAAGGAGAUUAUAUUACCUUGGAACUGAAAAAAGCCAAACUGGUUCUCAACUUAAACCUGGGGAGCAACCAAUUUGGUUCCAUAUAUGGCCAUACAUCUGUGAUGACAGGAAGUUUGCUAGAUGAUCACCACUGGCAUUCUGUUAUUAUUGAACGCCAUGGACGGAACAUCAACCUGACUCUGGAUAGGCAUUUGCAACAUUUUCGGACGAAUGGAGAAUUUGAUUAUCUGGACUUGGAUUAUGAGAUAACCUUUGGAGGUCUGCCUUUCUCUGGAAAGCCAAGUUCCAACAGUAGAAAGAAUUUCAAAGGAUGCAUGGAAAGCAUUAACUACAAUGGAAAUAAUAUCACUGAUCUUGCCAAGAGGAAGAAAUUAGAGCCUUCCAAUGUGGGAAAUUUAAGUUUUUCUUGUGUGGAGCCACAUACAGUGCCUGUCUUCUUCAAUGCCACAAGUUACCUGGAGGUACUUGGCCGCCCCAACCAGGACCUAUUUUCAGUCAGCUUCCAGUUUAGGACAUGGAAUCCCAAUGGCCUUCUGCUCUUCAGCAACUUUGCAGAUGGUUUAGGGAAUGUGGAGAUUGACCUCACUGAGAGUAAAGUUGGUGUCCGUAUCAACAUCACAUUAAACAAAAAGAAUCAAAUUGACAUUUCCUCAGGUCAGUGA